GUGGCAAAAGGUCGCAAAGCUCAAGGGGGCUGAAUACUUUCGCAAGGCACUGUAUCUAUCUAUAAAAGCAGGCUCUAAAAUAGCCUGUAGAAUGACAGUUACACAUCUGUGAUCAAUCCAUUCACUGCAAUCAGUCAUUGGCUUGUACAAAUAACCACCAAAUAACCACCACUUCACUCCCAUACACAGACUACAGCAAAAGUAAGACAGCUCCACCCUGCUACAACACAUUUUCUAAAUGUAACCUUCCGAACACCGGUCCACGGUUAAGCCGGCUUUAUCCUUCCCUGCAUCCAUCACACAGAAACAUAAUCAGGUUAUGUAAUAGCUGCAGUGCGGUAUCGGGUUCCUGUUCAUUGGUGCGCGGUUUACGGUCCAGUAGGACGCAGGUUGAGGGCAGGAGCUGUAUCCAUCUAUAAUAACCGCUGCCAUGUCCCCCGUGAAGCCCAAGAGUUCAGUUAAAGAACACUUCCCUACAAGACUGAGGGGGCUGGAGACGAUUGCUUCUCUGGUCAGUUCCGCACAAGAGACCCCUGAGCCAAUCUCUACUGAAGUACAGGGCAUCAUUCCCUCCUGGAUCAAUGGGAGGCUCCUCCGCAAUGGCCCGGGGAAGUUUGAGUUUGGAAACACACACUACAACCACUGGUUUGAUGGGAUGGCUAUGCUGCAUCAGUUCAAGAUGGAGAAAGGCCAGGUGACAUACAUGAGUCGGUUCCUGCAAAGUGAUGCCUACAGGAAGAACAGUGAAAAGGAUCGCAUUGUGAUGUCAGAAUUUGGUACCCUCGCCAUGCCUGACCCCUGUAAAAACUUCUUUCAGAAUUUCCUUUCUCGUUUUGAGAAGAUAGAGGCCACAGACAAUGCAAGUGUGGGCUUUGUGAAAUACAAAGGUGACUACUAUGUCAGCACAGAGACCAACUUCAUGCACAGAGUGAACCCAGAAAACCUAGAAACAGUAGAAAAGGUGGACUGGAGCAUGUUCAUUGCUGUAAAUGGAGCCACCGCCCACCCACACUAUGACCCUGAUGGUACCACCUACAAUAUGGGCAAUUCAUAUGGACACAAAGGAGCCUUAUACAACAUCAUCAGGGUGCCUCCUGAGAAGACAGAUACCAAAGACACCCUGCAAGGAGCCAAAGUACUCUGCUCCAUUGUGCCUGCAAACAAAUCCCAUCCCUCCUACUACCACAGCUUUGCCAUGUCUGAGAACUAUGUGGUUUUCAUUGAGCAACCAAUUAAGAUGGACCUACUGAAGAUAGUCACUUGCAGGCUGAGGGGGAAGGCUUUGAGCGAGGGUAUCUACUGGGAUCCCAAGCAGGAAACUGUCUUCCACCUUGUUGACAAGCAUACAGGCAAGGUCAGCCCAGUGAAGUACCACACCAAACCCAUUUCCACCUUCCAUCAGAUCAACGCCUUUGAGGAGGAUGGAUUCUUGAUGCUAGACAUGUGCUGCUCAGACGACGGACAAGCCAUCAACAACUACCUCAUCCAGAACUUACGCAAGUCAGGAGACGCACUAGAUGAGGUGUACAACACCAUGUGCAGAUCUUUCCCCAGGCGAUUUGUUUUGCCCCUUAAUGUGACCAGUGAAACGCCGUCAGACCAGAACCUGAACACACAGACCUCCAGUAAAGCAACGUGUGUAAAGGUCUGCAAAGAUAAGGUGUUUUGCCAGCACGAGGAUCUCCAUGGAGAUGACCUCUAUGAGUACGGAGGCUUGGAGUUCCCUCAGAUCAACUAUGGCAAAUAUAACACACAGCCAUACCGUUAUUUCUACGGCUGCGGCUUCAGGCACCUUGUGGGAGACUCUUUGCUCAAGAUGGACCUGAAGGACAAGAUGUUCAAGGUCUGGCACCAGAAGGGUUUCUACCCAUCAGAGCCUGUGUUUGUGCCGUCACCUGAGGCAGUAGAGGAGGAUGACGGUGUCAUCCUCUCUGUGGUUCUCUCUCCCACACAGGAUAAGGGAACAUUCCUCCUGGUUUUAGAUGCCAAGACACUGGAGGAGCUGGGAAGAGCCAAUGUACCUGUUAACAUUCCGUAUGGCUUCCAUGUCUACACAGAGAAAGGUCAUACUCUCCAAAUACAUGCUAUUUUUAUUUUGAUCUGUUACAAAUUUUUGUGCUCACAAAAAACAGUUUUCAUUGUGAAUGCUGUCACAGCUUGUUUAAGCACAUUUGAAAACCUUUUCUGUUUCACAACAUGGAUUCAUCCACAGUAAGACUCAAAAUAGUCUCAGCAGUUGAUGACAAGUAAAUGUAAAUUUUAGAUAUUUCAUGCUCAUGGUGGCCACUGAGGAAAAACUGCUACUGAUUUUAACUUAUUUAUUUAUUUAUUUGAUGCUUGGUAAGGGCACUAUUAGUUUUAACUGUAUAAAUUUCAACAAUCCUAUUCAGCACUAAUUUCAAUGAUUAUUAUUAUUUUCAGUAUCAUUCCUACUGCAGGGAUAUGGUUCAGGAAACCACUUUACUUGGCAGAGAAUGAAAUCAUUUUAAUUACUACAUGACUAACUAGAAGACUGAUACAGAUAGUAUUGGUUGCUAUUUUCCUAAAGCAGAUUACUUGAAACUGUUGCUUUGUUUUCUCUGACAGAAAGCCAAUAAAAACAUUUCCUACUGUGAACGGCUGUGACGCCGGUUUUUGUGUCCGCAGUAAUGAAUUUGCACACUAUCCACUAGAGGGCAGCAUAUGAUGGCGUUUACUGUCAGUACCUGCAGUCAUUUUCUG